AUGGUUCUUCCGCAAAGUCCAUCUAACCGACCGAUUACUGCGCACCCGCAAAAGCGUCGAAUCUCAUCGCUUCUUAUUCAAACGGCAGAGGACGACCUGCAUCACCCGUCCAAAAAGCAGAAACUUAACUAUCCAGCAUUUCCACCUGCGCGAUUUUGGGACUCUCUAUCGAGGAUCCCUCUCACACGAAACGCACUACGAGAAUUGAACGAGAGGAACGCAAAAGCCUGUUCCAGCUCAGCAGAUACUCGAAAACUUCGAAGGCGUGGAUCGAAUUCCCACCACCAGCUGACCGUUCCGCAGCGUUUCGCAAGACACGGCGGCCCGGAUCUGAGAGAUCUGAGAGGAUACCGGAUACCAACGGGCCCGGAAGACGACAUGAGUCCUAGACCGUCGAGUCUUGGGCGUCGGAAGAGAGGUUCGCAGUCGCCGACAAAGAGGGGCUCGGAUUCACCAUCCAAGAGCAGCGCUACCCCGAAUACGACAAGCACAAGGAGCACAGGACCAUAUGAUCGUGCAUUUCAGCAGCAUCUGAUCGAUCAUGACAUAUUCCCUAAUGGCUAUGAGUAUCCAGAUGGUCAUACGCCACCAGAGCCCGAGAAUAUGGACGAGAUAGUUUAUGCACUGGGUCAACCCAGAGCCUCUCUCUCGCCAAACAAAUUCUCAAAUGAAGACUUCCGAAAGUUCAAGCGCGCAGACACGCAUGCCUCCAAGGAGAGAGAGGUCACAACAAAUGUCAUCCCAGUCGUCGAAGGAAACAUUGGCGAUAGUAAAUGCGUUGCAGGCGAGAUCCCAUUCACGAACCUAGACUAUUUGACCGAUGGUACUCUCGUACCUGGCAAUCCCGAUCUGUACUAUGGCGCACGACCCGAACAGGUUGAUCAGAACAUUCGCAGAGAGCUUGCGCGUCGGAUUGUCCCGUCUACCCAGCAUGAUCUCCCUGUCGCUCCAAACUUCUUUCUCCAAGUUAAAGGCCCUGACGGAUCUUUGGCAGUUGCGUCCCGACAGGCAAGCUACGAUGGUGCCUUAGGCGCACGAGGUAUCCACAGCCUGCAGUCAUUUGGGGUGUCAGAGCCACGAUACGACAACAACGCAUAUACCAUCACAUCAAUAUAUCAUGGGGGCCAGCUCAAGAUGUACACUAGUCAUCCAAUAUCACCUUCAGUACCUGGGGCACAGCCCGGAAAUGUCAUGACGCAAAUUAACACGUGGGGCUUGACUGGCGAUGCCGAUACUUUUCGAAAAGGGGCUGCUGCAUACAGGAAUGGCAGGGACUGGGCAAAGCGACAAAGAGACAGCGCGAUCAAGCAGGCUCACGAGAACGUAUCACAGCAUACGGCAGUUGCAUCGUCACUGGAGGAUGGCCCAGGACCGAGCUUUACAAGUGAAGGGUCUUCUAACGAAACAAUUGCCAAUAGCCAACAGAUCAUCCUAAACCUCGAUGCCGACUUGCCACCGUCAUAUGAGUCCGACACUUCCACAGAUGAACUAUCGGAGGGAUUUCAUAGCCUCAAACGCCGUCGGUCACACUCUCCACGGAAGAAGCUGUAA